AACCGCCAUUUUGAAACACGCGGGAAAACUCCCCGAAGCGAAGAGCCACGCACUUACGCAAACUUAUACAUUUUUAUGGGAUUCAUUCACGAUCCAAUAAAGUGAUGAGCUCCUUGCGAUGUGUGGCGAAACAUCCAACAAUUUCUCUGGUGGAAUCAUGCAUCAGUCUCAUGGAGAUCAAGCAAAUCCAUGCCCAGCUGCUUAUCAACGGCCUUCUCAACGACCCAUUUCUCCAUGGCCAAUUCGUCGCCUCCAUUGCCCUGAAGCACCCAAGAAAUCUAGAUUAUGCCACCCGGGUCCUGGACCAAUCAGAUAGCCCAUCCUUCUUUGCCUUGAACUCCAUGAUCAGGGCCCACUCCAAGAGCUCAAACCCUCAGAGAAGUUUCCACUUUUACAACAACAUUCUACGCUCCACUCACAAUCCUCACCCCGAUAACUACACCUUCACGUUCUUGAUCCGCACCAGCGCGCAAUUGCUGGCGUCUAAAGCAGGCCCGGGUGUCCAUGCCGCGGUGGUGAAAUAUGGGUUCGAAACUGACCCGCAUGUUGAAAGUGGGUUGAUUUACAUGUAUGCUGAACUGGGUUUUGUGGAUUGUGCGCGCAAGGUGUUUGAUGAAAUUCCCGAGCCGGAUUUGGUGGCCCAGACUGCGAUGGUGACUGCGUGUGCUAAAUCGGGUGAUGUUGAUUUUGCGCGCAAUCUGUUUGAUAAAAUGACUCACAAGGAUGCUAUUGCGUGGAAUGCUAUGAUAGGAGCGUAUGCACAGUGUGGGAAAUCAAGGGAGGCCCUGAACUUGUUUCACCUGAUGCAAAUGGAGGGUGUGAGAAUUAAUGAGGUGUCAAUGAUUUUGGUUUUAUCCGCGUGCUCUCAAUUGGGUGCAUUGGAUCAAGGGAGAUGGGCACAUGCAUAUAUUGAGAGAUAUAAGAUUCCAAUGACUGUUACACUGGGAACUGCACUCAUUGACAUGUAUGCAAAGUGUGGGAACAUGAACAAGGCAAUGGAAGUGUUUUGGGGAAUGAAGGAAAAAAAUGUCUAUACUUGGAGUAGUGCCAUGGGCGGACUAGCGAUGAAUGGGUAUGGUCAAAAGUGUCUUGAGCUCUUUUCCCUUAUGAAACAGGAAGAGGUUAAGCCAAAUGAGAUCACUUUUGUUUCGAUUUUAAGGGGUUGUAGUGUUGUUGGAUUGGUUGAGGAAGGCCUCAAGCAUUUUAACUCUAUGAGAAAAGAGUUUGGGCUUGAACCUAUGCUCGAGCAUUAUGGAUGCAUGGUUGAUUUAUAUGGCCGAGCUGGCCGCUUAAAUGAAGCCAUAGACUUUAUAAAAAAAAUGCCUGUGAAGCCUCAUGCUGGUGCUUGGGGUGCUUUGCUUAAUGCUUGCAAGAUGUACAGGAACACAGAGCUGGGUGAACUUGCAUCGAGAAAGAUACUAGAGCUAGAAGCCAAGAACCAUGGAGCCUAUGUACUCCUGUCAAAUAUCUAUGCAGAUUCCAAGAACUGGGAUGGUGUUAGUAAUGUGAGGCAAACAAUGAAGACCAAGGGUGUCGAAAAGCUUCCAGGUUGUAGUGUUAUAGAGGUCGAUGGUGAAGUUCAUGAGUUCUUUGCAGGGGAUAAGUCCCAUACUAGAUAUGCUGAAAUUGAGGCAAAAUUAGAAGAGAUAUCAAAGAGGCUAAAGUUAUCAGGUUAUGUUGCUAACACUAGCCCUGUUCAUUUUGACAUAGAAGAAGAAGAAAAAGAGGAUGCCUUAUGUAAACAUAGCGAGAAGGUUGCCAUUGCUUUUGGAUUGAUUAGUUUGAAGGAAGGUGUGCCCAUUAGGAUUGUGAAAAACCUUCGUGUUUGUUGGGAUUGUCAUGUUGUAACACUAAUGAUAUCUCAAAUUUACAAGAGAGAGAUUAUAUUGAGAGACAGGAAUAGAUUUCACCAUUUUAAAGGUGGACACUGUUCUUGUAAGGGUUUCUGGUAAACAAAAAACUGUCUCACCAACAAAGAUUCAUUUUAAAUGGACGAAUGGAAGUUUUAUUUCUAUUACUCUAUGAGCCUCCACUCCUCACUUUCUCGUCUUUCUUCCUUGUAAGUCUACAAUCCACAUUAAGCUAAGCUGAGUUGUGAAAUCAUCUAUCCGUUGAACUAAAAGAAUUAUUCCAGAUGUUAAACGGGGUUUCAUGAAGUGGGCCUGCCAGCCAUCUGAUAGAGCGUCAAAUCAAUAGCGUACAUUUACUUCAAAAUGUGAAGAUACAUGCAUAAGAUAGGUUUCAAUGGAUCGGUACAAGGAAAAUUAGUUCCCCAGCGGCAAUGGCAGAAAGGUGCAGACUAUUUCCUUACAGGUUCAUGCGUCCUUCAUGAUGCUGUUGCUGUCAGUCUGAUACUAUUCCUAGUCAUGUCAUGCUAUGCUUCAGUUCCUUCAUUUCAACCCAAUUUUAAGCUUUGGGUGCUCGCCUUAAGGGUCCACACACAACCCAAUUUUAAGAUUUGUAUUUAUGUUAGAAUAUGGUUGUUCUUGAUUGUCAAAGGGGAGAAAAAGACAAAUCUAACUGGCUAUUCUAUUGGAAGCGUAAACCUAGACUUGGUUGAAGGAAAAAGCAUGAUCAUUAUUAUCAACAUCAUCAACAGAUGUAACUUCUUUU